UGCUUUAGUGCUUGGGCACAUGUGUAUUGAUCUUAGUAGUCAACGAUGGAAGAAUGGCAGGCAUGCAACAGUUAUUGGGAGGACAUUUUAUCCCUUCUGAAGGAUUUUGGUCCACUCCGUGUCCAGAAAGUCCAAAAUGGCUGCAAAUGCUUUGCCUUUGUUGACCUGGCCUCUGUAGAGAAUGUGCACCUUGCAGUCAAGCAGCUGAAUGGACAGAUGUUUCAUAACCGGAAGUUGUACCUGAACUCAAACAACAGGAUCCCGAAGCAGAACUCGGACUCCACAAAGGGCAACACAGAGUUACCGGCUUUGGAGAAUGUUCCCUUUGAAGAGAAAGCUACUGGGACUCUGGGUGAGGAAGAGGAAACCACAGUGACUCCUGUGCCUGCCAGCCAGACCCUUCGGGCACCUGUUUCCCCUAAUGUAACUGAAAGACCAAGGACAGCCUCCUACGCUGUUCCCAUGGAGAUGAGAGGAUCCUUCUUGGUGUUUCUUCUGAGGGAUUGCUUCCAAGACCUGAGCUGGCUGGCCAUCAUUCGCAGCAUCCGUGGAGAAGUGGGGCUCCUGGUGACAGACACACUCCCCCAAACACCUUUCUUCUGGGCCAUACACCUCACUGAGGAGACUCAUGUGAACAUGGAGAAGCUGUUCUGUGCCCUGGCGGAAGUGGAGGAGCAGCAGCCCUACCUGGCAGAGGCCGAGGUUCAGCGUGGGAUCCGUUGCUUAGGGGAAUGCCACCUGGGGGAUGAUGAUGGUGGGGCCUGGAACAGGUGCUGGGUGUUGGAUCGCAUAGGUGACUGGGCUGUGGUCCUCUUCAUUGAUUUUGGCUGCUCAGCCACUCUCCCUGUGCACUCCCUGCGCAGUCUGGACAGUGAUGACUUCUGGGCCAUCCCGCCUCUGACUCAGCCCUUCAUGCUAGAGAAAGAUAUUCUCAGCUCCAAGCAAGCUGUUCGUCAAGUCUUGAAAGGAAAAAUUACUGGCUGCUUGAGCAUGGAGUCUCACAUCCUGAAGUUUGAAGAAACGAAAUGAUAACCCUUCUCAGCCCUUUUUGGUUUCCCCCCUCAUUCCCUUCAUGCCCCAGUUCCCCAGAGGACACUAGCAUCUCCUUUUGUUUGUAGCCACGCUGUUUCCCCCCAUCCUGUUGGGUCAGCCCCCUUUACUCCUGUAUCCCUAGGAUAAGCUUGUGAUUGUAUUUGAGUAGAUUCCAGUUCACAGGGCUCUGGACCUUGGCACAAAACCUGGAAGCCCCAGGAAAGGAGCAGUUAGAAAGUUCUACGUUUGCCCUGGUGCUCUUCCAAGAAAUAGGCUCUCUAGGAAGGGCGAUUCAGACCUAAUUUAGGGCUUCUGGAUUCAUGUUGAGAGCCCAAGUUGGCCAUCACUUUCUUUUUUUUUUAAACUUUUGUACCCCUUCUGCCACACUCCAGGUUAAUAAUAUAACAGGGAAUAUACCGAAGGGGACUGUUGCAUUAAUAUCAUGUCUGAUGUUAUAGAUGAAAUCACUUUAGGUGGAAGAUACCAACCCAGGGGCUAUCUCCCUAGCUGACAGGAGUUACUGGGAGCCGAAUGAUUGCAAAUAAACUAGUUGAAUAAGCCA